AUGGACUUUAAAAAAGAAACAACCCAUGUUUUAAUACAAUUUAGUAAAAUAAGAAAAUUUGAUAAAACAACCAUUGACUUAAUACCUAUAUCAUGGACUUAUAUUGAAGAUGAAAAAAUGUACUGCAAAUAUCCUAAUAAAAACGAAUAUAACAAAAUUGACCAAAUGGUAAAAAUGUCAUCCAUUUACAAGGCAUCGUGGAAAAGCUUUGAAAUUACACUAAUAAAAGAAGCUCGGAAUUAUGAUCAGGGUGUGAAGUAUAUGAAAAAAUCAUUUUCUGAUAUAGUCAUACAGAGUAGUACCAUUGAAGAAGAAAACAGUUCUGAAGGUGAAAGCGAUCCAGCAAAACUAAGCGAAGACGAGCUUGGAAUGUCUCUAAAAGACAUCCCUUCUUUUAGUAACUCAUAUUCUACAAAUGAUAUUCAUAAAGUCAAAGAUGAUGAUGAUACGCAGUCUGAGAUGUCAACAUCAUCCGAUUCUUUUAUAAUGACUUCCAAGCAAAAAAAAUCUAAGAACAAGUCCUUGAGAAGCAUUGCUUUUUCUAGUGCAAAAAAUGUUACCACAGUUGCAGGACAAAAAGAAAGAAAACAUGAUGAUGUGGAGUCUGAGAUGUCAACAUCAUCCGAUUCAUUUUCAAUGACUUCCAAGCAAAAAAAACCUAAGAACAAGUCCUUGAGAAGCGUUGCUUUUUCUUGUAAAAAUGAUGAUGCCAUAGUUGUACUGGAGAGUGAUAUAAACGAUAAUGAUGGUAUGAUACAGUUCAAUCUUGCUCAAUCAUCUCAAAAGUCUAAAACCAAAAAAAAAUCUAUGCCAAUUACAAAACCAAAUCACAAUAAAUCUUUAAACAUUGAAAAGAAGAAACAGUGCCCAACAUGUGGUUGUACAUGUGCAACAGGUAUGCCACCUUCAGAAACUUAUGUUUCAAAAGCAAAUUUAGAAUCGGUCAAAAGAAGCUUAGAAUAUAAAAUCACAGAAGAGGCCAAACAAACAAGGCACUUAUUUGCAUCUCACAAUAAUAUAGGAGAUAUUAACAAAAUCAUGCAAGAAGAAAACUUAGAUGACAUGCCCAAAUUAAACUUAGAAGAUUUCCAACAGUUCGAUAAUGAAUUAAAACAUAACUUGGAGUUAAUAAAAAAGCUGAAAUGUUUUAUGUUGAUCAACAUUAAAAGUGGAGAUAAAUUAUCUGAAAGUUUAAAAGCAGUUAUUCCGAGAAUAAUUUCGAAGGAAGUACAAUUAUUAUAUAGUGCUUUUGGAAGGGAAACGAAUGGAAGCAAGAAACUGAACUUUUCUGGGACACAAUCAUACAAAUACUUAUUAGAAACCAUUACUACCAAAGACCCUAAUUUAAAACUAAAGGAUAUUUCAAGCCAACUAAGCCGUUGGUUUUCGGGUGCUAAGGAUCGUGAAGGUGGGAAGAAAGAAAGGAUUUUUAAGAAAAUGAAACACAGCCUUAGUAGAGAAGAUAAAAGUGAUUAA